AUGACAGACAAAACCGCGGACCUGAUCGCGUACGCGAAGGAGAUUGCGCCGAUGACGGAUCUCUUCUCAAUCCUCGGCGUGGACGCGACGUCGACCAACGACGAAAUCCACCGCGCCUGGCGCCGCACCGGUCUCAAGUAUCACCCGGACAAGGCGGGAGACGCCUACGACCCGGAAAAGUACGAGGGCAUCACGCGCGCCCGCGAUGUGCUCCUCGACCCGGCCGCCCGCGAGGUCUACGACCGCGCCCGCGCCGCCGCCCUCGAGAACCAGCGCCGCAAGGAUGAGAUGUCGGCCGGCCGUCGGCGCAUGAUUGAGGAGCUCGAGGCAGCCGAGAGAGCGGCAAGGGGUCAAGGCGGGCUGGGAACAGGGCAGCAGCAGCAGGAGAAGCUGUCAGCGGAGGAGGCGCGCCAGAGGCAGGAGGCCAUGCGGGCCUGGGAGGACGUCAAGAGGAAGAGGCGGGAGGCGGAGGAGAGCGAGAGGCUAGCUGCUUCAGAGAAGGAGAUGAAGAGUCGGGCUGAGGAUGCCGAGCGGGAUGCGCGAGAGGCGGCGAUUGAGCAGAAGCUCAGGGAGAACGCCGAGAAGAAGGCGGCCAAGGCGAGGAGGAAAGCAGAGAAGGAGGGCGUGCCAUUAGCAACACACUCUGACGUGUCACCGUCGAUCAAGGACCAGGGACCGGACGACGCCAUGGCUGCUGUUCGGCAGACGGUUGCGGAUGCCACAAGGACGGCAACGCUUGCCAGGGAAUCCGGCUCGCCAGCUUUAGGGGAGAACCUUUCCUCCGGCAACCUCGCUGGUCAUGGCGAUGGGUAA